UUCGAUAUGGCGAAAACCGAGAUCGCGAUUCAAGACGAGAUACGAGCCCCGCUCGUAGCUCAAACGAUCGACGAAUGCAAACAAGAAAGCUGCAAGCAGAACAACUUCAUGGUUUAUCUUAGCACAUUUGUUGCUGUUUGUGGUUCUUUCGCCUUCGGAUCAUGUGCGGGUUACACGUCGCCUACCCAAUCCGCCAUCCGGGAAGAUCUAAAUCUGUCACUAGCCGAGUACUCGUUGUUCGGCUCAAUUUUGACAUUUGGUGCAAUGAUCGGGGCCAUCACGAGUGGACCGAUUGCCGAUUUUGUUGGUCGUAAAGGGGCUUUGAGGAUAUCGAGCGUUUUUUGUUCGGUCGGGUGGCUAGCGAUUUACUUUGCUAUGGGGCCCGUGGUGCUGGAUAGCGGAAGACUAGCAACGGGAUACGGGAUGGGAGUGUUUUCAUACGUUGUACCGGUGUUCAUAGCCGAAAUUGCACCGAAAAACCUACGAGGAUCGUUGACGGCAGCAAAUCAGCUUAUGAUCGUUGCAGCCGUGUCCCUUGCCUUCGUGAUCGGGACUGUGACGCCGUGGAGGAUCUUAGCGUUGACAGGAGUGGGUCCAUGCGUUGUUCUCGUAAUCGGAUUGUUUUUUAUACCUGAAUCGCCAAGAUGGCUGGCUAAGAUCGGAAACCAAAAAGAGUUCGCAAUUGCGCUUCGAAAACUUCGAGGAAAGGAUGCCGACAUAUCCGAAGAAGCCGCAGAAAUCCAGGAUUAUAUAGAAACGCUAGAAAAGCUCCCGAAAACUAGACUACUUGAUUUGUUUCAGAAACGAUACUCUCGAUCUGUCGUUAUAGGAGUCGGGCUAAUGGUUUGCCAACAAUUCGGAGGAAUCAACGGUAUCUGUUUCUACACGAGUAGUAUUUUCGAGACCGCAGGAUUUCCCGCUGAUCUUGGAACGAUAAUCUAUGCAUUGUUACAGAUCGUGAUUACCGCGCUAAAUGCGCUAUUCAUAGACAAAGCCGGUCGAAAACCUCUUUUAUUGGUUUCGUCGACGGGAUUGGUUUUGGGAUGUCUACUAACGGCACUUUCGUUCUACUUUAAGACGUACGAAAUAGGACUAUCAGUAGCACCCGCACUUGCCGUAACGGGCGUACUGUUGUAUAUCGGCUCGUUUUCAGCCGGAAUGGGAGCAAUUCCAUGGGUUAUAAUGUCCGAGAUAUUCCCGAUUAACAUAAAAGGAGCGGCCGGAAGCCUCGCGACUCUGGUGAAUUGGUUCGGCGCGUGGGCGAUUUCGUAUACUUUUAAUUUUCUCUUAAGCUGGAGUUCCUAUGGUACGUUCAUCAUUUACGCAGCGAUAAAUGCAGUUGCAAUCGUGUUUGUGAUCAAGAUGGUGCCCGAAACGAAAGGAAGAACAUUGGAACAGAUUCAAGCUGCCAUUAACGGCUAG